AUGGCGUCCCCUAACAGCAACAUCCCCACGCCGGUGCCGUUCCCACAGCCCCCAGGUAUCGCCAACCAGGACACGUCCAACUCUGGCCCAGAGUCACCUACUACCAAUGGCCGCGACCGAUCCUCAACAAAUGCCUCGACCGUCUCGAGUAGACUGCGAAGCGCCACUGGCAAGCUAAUGGAAGCAAACCCUCCACCAGGCAUGUGGGCAGCAACUGGUACUACUGCAGCCAGGGCACCCUCUCUUUCAGACAUUAGGACAGGCUCCUUUGGUUCUGACGGCUGGAAUGAACACGCGCAACGCAGUAGAGCAGGGUCCCGAGCUAGUAGGCGUGCGUCAGGAUCGAGAACAUCUACGACUGUAACAGCAACAUCGGAGCAGCCAGAGCCCUCGCACGCUGCAAUACGCAGGACCUCAUCGAACAAUGUGUUGGGCACCCAAUCUUUUCCAGCUUUGGUUGAAGAAGAUACACGUCAAGUAUUAGAACACGACGCUCAACACAACGCUGUACCUGGCGCACCGUCAAAGCACAGUUCCGACACAGCAACCGAGUACGUUGAUGGCGACAGGCCACAACAGCCCAAGAGAACGUCUUCAGGCCGGUACACAAAUGGCUACAUUCCGCCACCGAAACUCCCGUGGAAACAAACCUUUGCCAUCAGUCUCAAGAGCUUCUGGACAUGGUUCCUCACCCCUGCAGGCUUCCUCAUCACACUGUACUGUCUCAACAUUGUUGCAUGGGGUGGCAUGUUGUUCCUCCUUCUCUGCAACGCUGCACCGGCCAUGUGCAAGCCUACUUGUGACGAUAUAAAUUCACCACGGCGCGUUUGGAUUGAGAUUGAUUCGCAGAUCCUCAAUGCACUCUUCUGCGUUACCGGUUUUGGUCUGGCUCCAUGGCGUUUCCGCGACCUGUACUGGUGGGCUUGGUGGAGGGUUGGUGGAUCAAAGCGCACUGAGACGGGCAUUCGACGACUAGCCGGCAUACAUCGAGGAUGGUUUAGACUUCCUGGCUCCGAUCGGUUACCAGAUGACGCCGAUGCAACUUGCGUCGACCCUCUGAACCCUGCUGUACCCAUCCCCCUCAAGGCGAUCCCAGACCCACCCCCGACAGCAAUGCGCGCCCCGCCGACGAAAAGCUGGACCAUGGACGUUGUUGUGUGGUUCAAUGUUUGGAACACAUUAUUUCAGAUAUGCCUGUGCUUCUACAUGUGGCAUUAUGACCGUAUACAGAGACCGUCAUGGGCCACGGGACUUUUUGUCGCACUAGCCUGUGGCGUGUCUGGCGCUGCUGGCUACAUCAUGUGGCAGGAGGGCAACAAGGUUAAGAAAAUCGAGGGUGUGCCCAUGCGUAAGGACUAUGGACCCACAGAUGCAGAAGCAUCUUUAAGCGUACCAUUGGUCAAAACAGGUGUGGCGACGAAAUCCUGA